AGCAUAAAGACGUCUGCAUUUUCUGCUCACAUUUCUAUCCAACAUGAACGUGCCAAAACCUCUACGGGUUGUCCUGCUGGGAAAAGCGGGAAAUGGAAAGAGCAGUCUGGCUAACACUAUUUUUGGAAAUCCUGUGUUCAAAGUCAGUAACUUUGACUCCAGCUUUUGUGUAUCUGAAAGCCAGACCAGACAAGUUAAUGGAAGAAGCCUCACUCUGAUAGACACUCCAGGUCUCUUGGCGCCCGAUCAUUCAGAAGAAGACAUGAAACGUGAGAUACUGCGGUGCAUCACUGAGUGCUCUCCCGGACCUCAUGCGGUUCUGAUUGUGCUGAAGGUGGAGAAGUUCACAGAGCACGAGCAGGCUGUCAUCAGCCAGAUUUGCCAGCAUUUCUCAGAGGAGGUCCUAACGCACGCUGUGGUGGUCUUCACUCAUGGUGACCAGCUCCCUGAAGGGAUGACAAUUCAGGAGUAUGUCAGUCAGAGUGAGGGUCUGUCAGACCUGGUGCAGAAGUGCGGUGGUCGCUGCCACGUCUUUGACAACAGAUACUGGAAGAAUGCCGAGCAGGACGACUACAGGAGCAACAAGUUCCAGGUUACACAGCUGCUGAACAACAUUGAUGACAUCCUGAAGCUGAAUAAUGGAGGCCACUACACCAACUCCAUACUUCAGGAAGUUGAAGAAGAAAUCCAAAUAGAAGCAGAUCGCAUUAGAAAAUCAUCCAGCAAAAUGUCAAAGGAAGACAUUUUAAAACAGGCCAAAAUAAACACCUUCAAGAAACUUUUAGAGGGGGGAAAGAAAGCAUGGAGGUGGGACAUUCUGGGCUUUGGAGUUCUUGCAGGGCUAGCUGUGAUUGCAGCGGCAUGGCUCAUUCAAAGAUAUCUACAGGGAGAAGCUGAAAUACCUCUUCCAGAGAUGAAAGAACCAGAAGAAGCUCUGGUGGAAUCUGUUGUGUCGGCAGGACAACAGUUAGCAGAGACGGUUGCUAGCAUACAGCCAGAAGAAUCUGUGCUGGAGUCUGCUGUGACAACAGGACAACAGUUAGCUGAGACAAUUGUUAGCAAGCACCCAGAAGAAGCUCUGGUGGAAUCUGUUGUGUCGGCAGGACAACAGUUAGCAGAUACGGUGCCUCAGAAGAGCGCAGGUCCAGAUUACAUUUGGGAGAGGAGGGAGCUUGCAGGAAUGGCAAGGUCAAGAAGGGAUGAGCAGCAGUUUUCAUCUCCACUCACAGCUGCCUUUCACACUCUGUAG